AUGGUUAUCACACGUAGCCAGAGCGACUUGACGGAGCUGGAGGAGCAGAGGCGGGCCUCUGAACGACGAGACCCGGGCCUGCUCGCAUCGCUGCAGCGUCGGGAAGCGGAGAGGAUAGCUAGGGAGCGGAUGCGUCGCCUCUCCAUGGACCCGCCGGCAUCACCGCAGGUAGAACAAUCCACUUUAUUAGCCACUGAGCAUGCUGUCGCUGGACCUUCAUCUAGGUCAGUAAGGUCGACUACCAGCGCGACCACGCGCUUAAGGCUUGCCGAGUUGGAAGCAGCUGAAAAGCUGGCUGCUCUCACCCGCCGAGAGCUGGAAAUGGAAGCUGAGCUGGUGAAAAAGCGGCUUGCCGCUGAAGUAUCUGUAAUUCAGGACGAUCAGGAGAGCGUGCAGGACGAGGCCCUGCACGAUGAUCACCAGCACCAGCACAAUAAGGUAAGCCAGUGGCUGAAUACCCAUACCCCCGCUGCACGGGGGGAGGGGGCCGCACAUACUGCGGAAGAACACAGACCAGCGCGAGAUGAACGGCCGCGGGAGAGGUCGCCGUCUAGAAAUAGAAAUAGUAUAGAUCAACUUGCUGUAACACUGGAGAAGAUGGCGCGCCCGCGGCUGAGGCAUACGGACCUGCCGGCGUUCUCCGGAACGGUGAGUGAGUGGCUUGCAUUCAAGGCAGCCUUCAAUGAUACUACCAAUAUGUAUACAGUGUCCACGGCUGAGAACCUUCAGCGGCUCAGGACGUGCCUCAAGGGCGAGGCACGGGAGGCGGUAGCAGCACUGCUGCAUACAGCAACUGAUCCAGCUGUAAUAAUGAGGACGCUGGAACAGUGUUUUGGUCGGCCGGAAAUGAUUAUCGACAAGGCGCUGGACGAGUUGAAACGCGUGCCGCGGCCCGGAUCUUCGGCGGCAGAGUUAAAUAGCUUUGCAGUUAAGGUACAAAAUACAAUAUGCACACUCAAAGCCAUUGAUCGUCGCGGAUAUCUAUAUAAUCCGUUACUUACAAGGGAAAUUUUGGAGAAGCUGUCACCACACCUGAGAUCGAGAUGGUGUGACUUCGCCUGCGAUAACGAGGGUACUGCGGAGCCAGAGAUAUGUAGCCUAGCACGUUUUUUGAUGCGCGAGGCGGACAGGGCGCUGAGAUAUACUUACUCAACAGUAGCGAGCGCCUCGACUGCCGGUCAAAAGCGGGAGGUCCGGCCUGCAGCAUCUAAGUUCCCGGUCGCCGGCAAGAAAAAACAAGGUGCAGUAUAUGCCGCUAUUGAGACAGCGGCCGACCAAUGUUUCCUGUGUAAAGAAAACCACGCGCUGACACAGUGCCCUAAAUAUAAGGCCAUGGAUGUAGGCCAGCGCUGGGAGUUUGUAAAAGAAAACGGCAUUUGCUUUAAAUGCGCCGUGAAGAAACAUCGGCGCGUCUUAUGCCGGGCAAAGCCGUGCGGCCAGAACGAGUGCCGCCGGCCGCAUCACGUGACCUUACAUUCCGAUCCUCCUGCCAAGAAGGAGGAAACAGUCACAUCCAAGACACAGGCGGAGGAAGCAGUAAUGUCGGUAGCCAACCGAGCCGCCGCCGACAAUAGGGCCGUCCUGUUGAAGAUGUGCCCCGUGGUCAUAGGAGGACCACGGGGGGAGGUAAGGACCCACGCGCUCCUCGAUGAAGGAGCCACUAUCACAUUAAUUGACAGCAACCUGGCAGAAAGUAUUGGCGCAGAAGGCACCGUGCGGCCACUGCACAUCUGCGGCGUCAACAUGUCCUCGCAGGAGGAGGACAGCCAGGUGGUCACCAUUAAGAUAAGAGGGGUGGGCAAGGAGUGCUCACCCCACCAGCUUCAAGCAAGGACAAUUAAGGAUCUGAAGCUGCAUCAGCAAACAGUGCCGGCGUCGCUGCUUGGUUAUAAGCACUUGCGGGACCUGCCGGCAAAUGAGGUUUGUUACGCGCCUACACGUCCAGGAGUAUUGAUUGGAACGGAUCACUGGGAACACAUUGUCUCGCGAGAACUCCGGGUCGGAGGUCCGAACCAACCUGCUGCAUCAAGAACACAGCUGGGUUGGGUGGUGCAUGGAACAGCACCUCGGACGCUCGUGGCCACUGAAGGUGGAGUACUACAUAUUCAUGAACGAGACAUGAAAGGUGAUAAUCAACUUCAUGAACUUGUGGAAGCGCAUUUCAAGAUCGAGGCCCUAGGUGUCACUCACAAGCCAAGAGUGAGCGACGCGGACCGUCGAGCACAGGCCAUCGUGGAGGCCACAACCACAGCCAUCGAGGGCGGCUACCAAGUGGGGCUGCCGUGGCGAGAAGACGCAGUGUCCAUGCCGCCUAGCUAUAAGGCGGCACUACGAAGACUGAUCAAGAUUGAACAGAAGAUGGACGCCGCGCCUGAAUUCGCGGUGCAAUAUACAUCGCAAAUAGAUAACCUACUGGAUAAAGGUUAUGCAGUGCCAUGCGACGGGACGGAGAAGGCCAGCCCCAAGUGCUGGUACCUUCCACACUUCGCGGUGCAGAACCCAAACAAGCCAGGUAAGCAAAGACUUGUGUUUGAUGCAGCAGCCCGAAGCAAUGGUGUGUGUCUUAACGACGCACUCCUGGAAGGCCCCGAUUUACUGCUCUCCCUCCCAGGCAUUAUAUUUAGGUUUCGAGAAAAGGCUGUAGCCAUCACAGCUGAUAUCCAAGAAAUGUUCUUGCGUAUAAAAAUACGCCCUGAAGAUCAGCCAGCUCAGCAGUUCCUCUGGAGAGGAAAGGACAGAAGCAACCCGCCUCGAGAAUACAAGAUGACAAGUAUGAUAUUCGGCGCGGCGAGCUCUCCAUUCAUGGCGCAUUAUGUGCGCAACCACAACGCUGAGCUGCAUGGCGAGGAGUGCCCGCUGGCACUGGACGCCAUCACACGCCAUCAUUACAUGGACGAUUUGGUGGUAAGUUAUGAUAACGCCGACGAGGCACACACUGCAGUACAAGAGUUACAGAAAGUACACGCCGUCGCCGGGUUCACGCUGCGAGGAUGGAGCUCCAACGAUCCGGGAGUUCUACGCAGCGUGCCUUCAGAGCUGCACACUACUGCACCUACACAACUGGGUGGUGAGUUGCCUGCCAGCAAGAUAUUAGGCCUAUACUGGAGCGCUGAACGUGACGAGCUCGGGUUCAACACUGCGAUGAACCGCGUGCCAGCCGAGGUGCGCAACCGAAAGCGCGCACCAACGAAGAGAGAGGCUUUGAGCGCAGUCAUGUCAAUCUAUGACCCGCUUGGGCUUCUGAGUCACUACACAGUAAGGGCGAAGAUUAUCCUUCAAAACCUAUGGAGGCUCCAAAUGUCUUGGGACGACUCCAUUCCACAAGAGGACAAUGAACAGUUCUCGGAAUGGUUGUCGCAACUGUCAAACCUAACCGAUUUAAAGCUGCCCAGGUGCUACGAGAUAACCCACCAUGAAGAGCGUGAACUGCAUGUGCUGUGCGACGCCAGCGAGCAGGCAUACGCUGCUGUGGCGUACUGGCGGAUGCCGAACAAGGACGGCGCCGCAGACGUCGUGCUGGUCGCUGCCAAGGCCAAGGUGGCGCCGCGGAAGGCGCAGACUAUACCGCGCUUGGAGCUGCAAGCCGCGGUCAUAGGGGCCAGGCUAGCCGAAGCUAUAAGAAAAGAGCAUCGGCUUAACAUAACAAGAACCGUCUACUGGACGGACUCAACCACAGUCGUGCACUGGAUACAGCACGACGCGCGGCGAUACACGCCCUUCGUCGCGCAUCGCCUCGGCGAGAUCAGCGGCGAGCACUGCUGGCCUUGCCGAGCCAGCCCCGAAGAUGACGACGAGCACGAGACGCUGCACGUCGCCGAGGCCCCUGCAAGUUGGCUGCCUAACCCAGCCCGCUUCUCCCGCUACAACGUGCUGGUGAGGGCCACGGCGAGGGCGCUCUUGUUCGUUGACAAGUGUCGGCGUGCCGCCACCACGCUCGAGCUCCGCCACAUUGAACGGGCGGAGAAGGAGCUGCUGCGACGCUCCCAGGAAGAGAGCUUCGCAGACGAGAUGGCGCGCAUGCAGUCGGCGCGUCCCCUGCCACGGACGAGCCGGCUGUACAAGCUGGAUCCCGUCAUGGAGGACGGGCUACUCCGGGUGCGAGGCCGCAUCGAGGCGGCUACUGCACCAGCUGAAACCAAACGGCCAGUCAUACUGGACGGCCGCCACCCACUAACUAAACUUUUAGUACAGAAGGAGCAUUGUGCUGCGGGUCACGCCAACAGGGAGCGCGUGACCAACGACCUGCGGCAGCGCUACUGGGUGCUGCGACUGCGCCCUACCGUGCGCGCCGUCGAGGCCAGCUGCGCCUUCUGCCGGCGCAGACGCGCCGUGCCCCGGCCGCCAGCUACAGGCGACCUGCCCCGAGCCCGCCUGGACCCGUUCCACCGCCCGUUCACCAACUGCGGGGUGGACUACUUCGGGCCCAUGAACGUCAAGGUGGGCCGUCGCCGAGAGAAGAGGUGGGGCGCGCUCUUCACGUGUCUGACGUGUCGCGCUGUCCACCUUGAGCUGGUGGCUUCCCUGUCAACGGACUCUGCCAUCAUGGCGCUGCGCCGCAUGGCUGCGCGCAGGGGGUGGCCGAGCAUCAUGUAUUCCGACAACGGCACCAACUUCAGAGGUGCCGACGCCGAGCUUCGAGCAGCAUACAACGAGUGGUUGCCGGCCCUGAAAGAAGUAGGGCUGGCGGCCAAGAUGGAGUGGCGGUUCAUACCGCCUGGCGCGCCGAACCAGGGAGGCGCCUGGGAGAGGAUGGUGCGAACCGUCAAGUCGGCUCUCGGCACCACGCUCCACGAGAGGGCGCCCUCCGAAGAAGUCCUGCUGACCCUGCUGACUGAGGCAGAGUUCGCAGUCAACGCGCGCCCCCUGACUCACGUGAGCGUGAAUCCCCUCGACCCCGAGGCGCUCACCCCCAACCACUUCCUGUUGGGCUCAUCAACGGGCCUGCCUACUACGGGCCCAUGCGACGAGGCGGACCGCAGAACCUGGCGGGCCGCUCAAGCGCUCGCUGACCGGUUCUGGGCGCGCUGGGUGCGCGAGUAUCUACCCUUGCUCGCGCCCCGAGGCGAGCCCCAGAACAACGAGCGACCACUGCAGACCGGCGACGUGGUUCUCAUCGCCGACGGGACGCUGCCGCGUAACGUCUGGCCGAUGGGGAUCGUCGAGCGCACACAUCCUGGACCUGACGGCGGCAUCAGAGUCGCCGAGGUGCGGACACGAACGGGAGUCUUCCGGCGCCCAGUCAGCAAGCUCGUCGUCCUCGUGAAGGAGGAGGCUACGCGUGCUGCGCCGGGGGGAGAGCUGUUGCGGACGCCGAGCCUGCAGUAG